CUGCAAGGAGCGGAGAGCACAUACUGUGUCAGCCAGGCUGCAGCUCCAGCUUGGUGCCCCCAUCCCCGGGGCCAAGCCAGCCUUCCCCACCAAGCUCCGCUCGCUCCCACCCGCGGCUGGGCUGCUUGGCUUUUGUCUCCUCCUGCAGCCUCCUCCCCUGCCCUUCUGUGCUGGCACUCACAUGCUGUCCCUGCUCCAGCUCUCCCUGCACCCAGGGUUGGGGGAGCUCCAGGGAGCCUGGGCCUGUGGGAUCGCUGCACAGAGCCACCAUGGCCUCUGACGCGGAGAGCUGUGACCGGCCGAGGCUUUGAUGUUGCUGCCCAGGGCUUGCCAGGACACUGGGGCCUCUCAAGAGGGGACUCGCCACGGUUCCUAGUGACCUCACUGCAGAAGAGCGUCAAGAGCUAGAGAACAUCAGGCGAAGGAAGCAGGAGCUGCUGGCCGACAUUCAGAGGCUAAAGGACGAGAUAGCAGAAGUUGCUAAUGAAAUUGAAAGCCUGGGAUCCACAGAGGAGAGGAAAAACAUGCAGAGGAACAAACAGGUAGCCAUGGGCAGGAAGAAAUUUAACAUGGAUCCUAAAAAGGGCAUCCAGUUCUUGAUAGAAAACGACCUGCUGAAAAACACCUGUGAAGACAUUGCCCAGUUCCUCUACAAGGGAGAAGGGCUCAACAAAACAGCCAUCGGUGACUACCUAGGGGAGAGAGAUGAGUUUAACAUCCAAGUCCUGCACGCGUUUGUGGAGCUGCAUGAGUUCACGGACCUGAACCUCGUCCAGGCCCUGCGGCAGUUCCUGUGGAGCUUCCGGCUCCCCGGGGAGGCGCAGAAGAUCGACCGGAUGAUGGAGGCCUUCGCCCAGCGGUACUGCCAGUGCAACAGUGGGGUGUUCCAGUCCACAGACACUUGCUACGUCCUCUCUUUUGCCAUCAUCAUGUUAAAUACUAGCCUGCACAACCCCAACGUCAAAGACAAGCCCACUGUGGAGCGGUUCAUCGCCAUGAAUCGUGGCAUCAACGAUGGGGGCGACCUGCCUGAGGAGCUGCUCCGGAAUCUGUAUGAGAGCAUAAAAAAUGAGCCCUUUAAGAUCCCAGAAGAUGAUGGGAAUGAUCUCACUCACACUUUCUUCAAUCCAGACCGAGAAGGCUGGCUGCUGAAACUGGGAGGUGGCAGGGUAAAGACUUGGAAGAGACGCUGGUUCAUUCUGACUGACAACUGCCUUUACUACUUUGAAUACACCACGGAUAAAGAGCCCCGUGGAAUUAUCCCUCUAGAAAACCUGAGUAUCCGGGAGGUGGAGGACUCGAAAAAACCAAACUGCUUUGAGCUCUACAUCCCUGACAAUAAAGACCAAGUAAUCAAAGCCUGUAAGACUGAGGCCGAUGGGCGGGUGGUAGAAGGAAACCACACAGUCUACAGGAUUUCAGCUCCUACACCUGAAGAAAAGGAAGAGUGGAUUAAAUGCAUUAAAGCAGCCAUCAGCAGGGACCCUUUCUACGAGAUGCUCGCAGCGCGGAAGAAGAAGGUCUCCUCCACGAAGAGACACUGAGCGUGCUGCCAGGGUGUCGUCCAGCCUGCAGAGCCAUGGCCUUUCUCCUGCGCCUCCACUCCUGAGCACUGCGGAGCGGAGGCAUCCUCGGCCAGCCUUGCCCGAGCUCUAGAGACUAGCUUCAGCUUUGCAUUGUUUUUAAGGGGAGAAAGGGUGGGCAGAAAGGGUCGUCACUGGGAAGGGGACCGAGGCCUGCAAGCCCAGGCUCUCAGCCUUUCUCUGUGCCGAGCGGAGAUCCUGACACAGGGCAGCGUGCUCCUCCGCUCCGCAGGUCUGCAGCAGAGCUGGGAGAGCCCUGUGCACCUCACAGCCACUCCUGUGCAGAGCCUUCCUCCCUGCACCGCGUAUACUCGUAUGGAUACAUUAUGAUGUGGUGAGAGGAGCAGUGGAUCUAUUUUUGUUUUCUUAAAAGAAACAGAACAGCUGCCCUGCCUGUUGGGGGACUCCCUGGGGAAGGGCUCCCAGGCUGCCGCCAGCCCGAGAGUGCUGCCCAGGGGCCUGUCCGGGUGAGAGGGCCGGCACUGUGCAGCCAGCAGGGAGGCCUCUUCGGCAGUGGCAUGGGCAGCUCCCGCCCAAGUGCCUGCGGGGCUGAGGGAGACGAGAGGAGGCGACUGGCUGGACACCUCCGUCUUCCUCCCUCAGAACCCGGGUCUUGCUGGGCUUCACCUAGAAAGUCAGCAUUUUCCUUGAGCUAAAUACCUAAUAACCAAAACUGUGAGGAGGUUGUCCCAAUAGGUUCUGGGUGAUCUCACUGGUUUCUAUCUGGUUUUUCUUUCUUGUCCCCAAACUCCACUCCUCGUUCUAGAGGAAGGAGGAGGUCUUACCUGAUCCCUGCGGGGCUUCAGCUUUUUCUGCCUCAAAACGGGCCCUACCGGGGCUCCUCUGGUGCGCUGCAUGGUGGCCUCCAGGGGCGGGGCCUGGUCUGCUCAGCAGGGCCCAUGGAAUGAGAGGUCGUUCCCUCUCGCUCCUCUCCCCUGCAGCAUUCGGCAUUCGUGUGAGUGGGCCACCCUCCUGUGCGGUGUGAAGGGAGCCACGAAACGCAGCGUUCUCCUGCCGUUCUCUCAGGGACUCUCAAGGGCAGCUCCUGCCACAUGGCCAGGGCCGACAGAGCAGGUGGUGGCUGGCAGCUCGGCACACCCUUCACAUGUCCGGGUCGGCGUGCAGAGGAUCCUGGUCUUCACAGGCCUGGGUCCUCUGACCCCAGGAUAGGGAGCAUCUCUGGAAAUAGCUUUGCAUGAGUAGGGGCCGGGGGAGGGCAGCAUUCUGGCCCCUUCUGUAGAUCCUGCCUGGAGUGGCUUCAGGCCUUCACCUGGCGCUUGUGAAGACGAUGGAAGUGGGUCUGGGCUGGAAAGCUGAGCUCUGUGGCAGAGAACCAGAGCAGUGCCAGCCAGAGCACUCCAGCGGGCCCAGGCCCAGGCCCUCGAGCUGGUUCUCACUCAUGUUUCCUGGACAGAGAGGCACCUGGAUCAGUAUUAGUCUAUUUAUCAGAGGUGUAAAUAAUCCAUGUAUAGUUUUUCUCCUUUUAGAUUAUUUUGUAUUUGUUUUAAAAAAAUUUUGUCAAAAUAUAAAGAAAUGACUGAAAGUUGACAGGGCUUUUAAAAAAUUAUAAUUAUUAUUAUUCCAGUUGUUUUUGUUUGUUUGUUUUUUGCCUUGUAAACUAGCACCAAGGAACUGCAGCAAAUAAACUCCAACUCUGCCCAAC